CCAAUUUUGACCCUUAAAUGUAUUGAAUAUUGUGAUGGAUGAAGCAGUCAAGGAGGAGAAGUGGCGGUUGGGAAAGGGUUCAGGAAUGAAGCCCUUGGCUAGGAAAAUAUGGUGAUUGGGAAGGGAUCCAGGGGCAGAAACCUCUUGUCAGACUUUUCUGCCUGGUUAGAGAAAUAAGAAUUAUUGAAGAGAUUGAAGCACUCCAAGCAAUUAUGCCAGAUGAAGUAACAGUACUGCAAGGACACGGUGGAAUUCCUGAUGGUGUGGAGGUGACUGUCGUCCCAGCAACUGGACAGAAUAUCGAAGAACAACAUGUGAGAGUAACUCUUGUGCUGUCUUUGCCACCUGAGUAUCCAGAUACCGCACCAUGUAUCACACUCAGGAAUCCUAGGGGAGUAGAUGAUUACAUCCUGAAGAAGAUACAUGAAGAAAGCAAGAAGAAGUGUGAAGAAUAUUUAGGCUGUCCAGUUAUUUAUGAACUCAUUGAGGUUGUACGUGAGAAUUUGACUGCAAAUAACACUCCAAGCUGUCCUUGUGCAAUUUGUUUAUAUGGAUUCACUGACUCUGACAUCUUCACAAAGACUCCAUGCUUCCACUACUUCCAUUCAUAUUGUUUAGGAAGAUACAUACUGAAGUGUGAAGAAGAAGCAGCUGCAGAGGAAGAAGAACCACAGCCAGCUUGGAUGGCUCGAGAAAAGAAACAGUUAGUGUGCCCUGUGUGUCGGGAUCCCAUCCAACAAGAGCUAAGCAGCCAAGAACUUUUGAUGUCAGCUCCACCAGAAGAGGAUAAAUGUGUGACAGAAUUCCAGGCAGAUGACCCAGAGAUAGUUGCAAUGCAGCAGAGGAUGGCUGUAUUGUAUCUGCAGCAGAAGGAAAAAGGAGGCAUAAUAGACUUAGAGGAGGAAAAAAAUAGGUUUCUAGUUUCUUCUAAUAGGGUUGACUCCUGUGAAGGACUAGAAGAGAGCGCUGAAAGUGAAGGGGGAAGUAAUUCAGUACGAGAUGGACAUGGUGAACCACAUCAGGGUAGUGUUCCCCAUUUGCCAACAGCUGGUCGAAGAGGAGGUAGGCCAACGGUCCAUCGAUCACAUGUUCCAAAAUCCCAUGGGGGCCAUGGUCAUCAGUAUUGGAGGAGUUCAGACCAGGGUGAUAUAAGGCACUGGCAAGGUAAUCGUGGAAGUCGAGGAGGAAGUGGUGGUAGAGGCAGAAGUGGAAAUUCACGUUCAACUUAUCCAAAUCAUAGAAUUAUUGCAGAAUCACAACAUUUUAAUGUAUCUGAAUACAAAUCAGCCCAUAUUGAAAGUGCUUGUACUACAAAGGCACAUCAAGGUAAACGUGAUCAAAGCAUAUAUCAAAAUGGUAGUUCCAACACUGCUCUAGACAGUCAAGCAGAGAGUGCUGAAAUUGGAAACAACACUGGAGGUGGAGUUCGAAGGGGCCCCAAAAAUCCAGGACAUCGACAGAGAUACGGCUCAGGUCGUGGAAGGGGACGUGGACCUCCCCCAGGUUUUGCUCCACCAAGUAUCCGUCAUUCAGAUCAAGACUGGAGUUGACGAUUGUGGCUUGCAGGGUCACUUCCACCCUGUUUCUCUUUUACUCUUUGGCUUCUUGUCAUUGUAUUAAAUAUAAUCAUUGUAACUUCUUUAAA